AUGAAAAAAACAUAAGCAAAUGGUUUUAGAGUGAGAAAUGGAUAAUCAAAAUUAAAGAAGGCAGGAGAACUAUUAGCAUCUUUAUAAUACAGUAUCUAGUGUAAAUCUUACACUCCACAACACAGAUCAAUAAAAUAGUUAACUCAUUAUCCUUUGAAAACUCAAGUUAAUUAAGAUGUGAAUCCUUUGGUUUAACCUCGAAAUGCAUUUCAACGUCAGACCAGUAUCAAUUGCUAAUAAAGGCCAUCAUUAUUAUCAGUUAUAACAUCAGAAAGUAACAUGAGUGCUGAUGAGGAAUAUGAAAUUUGGGAUAAUAAUUAAGAUCUUAGAGUGUAAAAAAUGACAAUAGAAGAAUCAAAACCUUCUGUUGGAUAGUUUUUAUAAUUGUAUAAAGCUAGAUUUGGGUAUGAUAUAAUUGAAAUGAAAGAGGUUUUCCAGGACAGAAAUAAUGUAUAAGAAAUGAGGAAGUAAUCAAAGUUGCUGUUGAAUAUGCAUCAACUAAUAAACAAUUAUUUAAGAAGUAUUUUCCUAGAAAACAGAUUGUAUUUGAGGAUGACAACGAUUAUUCGUAACCAUAUAAUAUAGAAGACGAUCAUCAUUUUUAGAGUUUCAAUAAUUUUUUUAAAAAUAAGAAGUCCAAUACUCUUCUUAAAAUUAAUUCUUCACGUAUUUGA